AUGAGCAGGGAGCUUUCCUUAGCGGCACCGGCUAGUUGUCAAUAUGUCGCAGUAUUGCGCCUGCGAGAUAACGACUGCUUUGACACGGACGUGUCCGAGUCCAUCCAGCACGAUCUGUUCUCCUCUGGCUACCAGGACGGGCAUCCACCCAGCUUGGCAUUCGAUGGCAGCUUAGAGACCAGUUGGCGCGAUGCCUGCUUGGCUUGCCCAGGAGGCCUUUCCUGGUUGGCUCUCUCCCUGGUCUCUUCCGUCCGCAUCCGCUGCAUCCGCCUCUUUCAGGAUGCGAGCUUUAGCCGUCUCGCCUCCGCGGUGGUCUUGGAGAGUUGGAACUCAUCUGACUGGAUCGUCGAAUCGACCUUCGCCGACCUUCAGGGUGGCGCCUGGGGCAAGUACAACCUGCGUUGGGAGAGCCCAGCGGCUCAGAAUCGAUGGCGUUUCGUUUUGGCAACGCCGAACAUCAGCCUGGCAGUUGCGGAGCUCGCGUUCUUUGCAGACCUCGGCUGCAGCCAGCCCAUCGCGGGCAUUCCCAUCGCCAGCGCGACGCGCAUCG